GGUGCAUAAUAUUAUUUUGGAAGCGUCGGGGUUAAUUGUAAGCCUCUUCAAAACGUUACACCCGGUUGGUCAUCAACUUGUCAACAUCAUGUCGACGGCGACAGGGUUGCUUCAGUUUCGGGCGCGCCGAGGACCUCUUUCUGCUCUCGCAGCUGUGGCGAGUUUGAAAAGCGCCCUUGACCAGCUAGCAACGACUGGAGGACAAGCGGCCCUUAGCACUGAUGCGUCGCCGCCGAUGAUUAACUGGGUGUUCCUGGGCCCGCCGGGUGUCGGCAAAGGCACAUAUGCCACACGUGUUGCCAAGGCCUUCGGUAUCCCUCAUAUCGCAACCGGCGACCUUAUUCGUGCGGAAAUUGCAACGGGUAGCGACCUCGGUGCCAAGAUGAAGAGCAUUGUCAACCAGGGCAAGCUGCUGCCGGACGAGAUCGUACAGGAGGUUCUCCAGCUGCGUCUGUCCAAGGGGCGUCAAGAGGGCGAGCGGGGUUUCCUGCUGGACGGCUUCCCACGCACCCGGGCGCAGGCUGAGCAGCUGCUGCGCACCACCGACAUCGGGCUGGUGCUGAACCUGGGGCUACGGGAGGAGGUGCUGGUGGAGAAGUGCAUGGGUCGGCGGCUGUGUCGGCACUGCGGCAAGAACUACAACAUCGCCAACAUCUACCUGGCGCCGGGGCCGGAGGGGCAGCCGGAGAUCGUGAUGCCGCCGCUCAACCCGCCACCCGAGUGCGCCCCGCACCUGGAAGUGCGCGCGGACGACCGGGAGGAGGUCAUCCGGCACCGGCUAGAGGUCUACAAGCAGGAAGCCGCACCCGUGGAGCAGUUUUUCCGCGAGGCCGGGUUGCUUGUGGACUUUGAGAUUACGUCGGGCAUCCCGGAGACCAUGCCGCUCCUCAUGCCGCUGCUGCAGUCGUAUGUGGGGAGGCGCGCAAACGAGCGCAAGUAAGGGUCUUUGGCAGCUGGGAAAGGAGGGUUAGUGGUGGUGACGGCAUGACAAUGCAUGUUGACUGUGGAUGAUUGACCUAGGCUGGGUUUAGAAAUGGACUGAUUACUGUGGGGCGGAUGUAGAUGGCGCUUCGGUGAAAUUAACGGGGUUGGGAUUGCGGAUGCCUGGUGGAUUGGUCGAACCGCGGCACGAUGACCUAGUAGGGCGGUUGGUUGCGGAAUCAGCAACGGCAACUUUGGAACCGAUCUUGACGCGCGCACGCGCCGAAGCUCCGAGCUUGCUUGUAAGAAUCAGGUCUGUGAAUGGCUUUUUAGGAUUGCCUGUGCUCGUGUGCGGUGCUGUGAAUCCAAGAUGGAGUCCUGGAUGCGCGACCACUAUGACAUAUUGGCGGCCAAACGACUUGACGAAAUA